UCAGGCGCUCUGUGUCCGCGCUCCGUUUAACGGUCCUUCUGCAGCUGUUAGCAUCCUAGCAUUAGCAUCAUGGCGGUCGGAAGGUCUCGGGUGAUCUCCCUCUACAGGAGCAUGAUUGCGGAGAGCUACAAGUUCCCCUCAUACAACUACAGGAAGUAUGCGGUGCAGCGGGUGCGUGAUGCGUUCAGGGCCAACUCGACAGAGACGGAUCCACAGAUGGUGGAGAGACUGGUGACGGAGGGACAGAAAACACUGGCUGUGAUACAGAGACAGGUCUCCAUCGGGAGGAUGUUCGAGGCCCAGAAGAGCGUGCUGGAGAACUGACAGGAAGUGACAUCACAGACUGACACGCCUCCUCUUUGACGCAGAACACAGCAGGUGGAGGAGUGAAGUGCAUUAUGGGAGAUGUGGAGCGAGAGGAGCUGGGUUGGGUUUUUCUUGCAUGCAGCAGUGAUUGAGUUGAUUCAGUGACCUCAGACAGUUUGAAGCCUCCUGUGUGAGUAAAUGCACAUGUUGAUGAUUAUUUAGUCCUCAGUCCAUCAGUCCAUCAGUCAUGUGAUCAUCUAGUAGAUACAACGUUUAAUCUUUAUGAUAUUCUUUUAACAACUAGCUCUCUGACGGAUACUGACAAUAAAUGAAUGAAAUUAUUAUUAAAAAUAUAUGCUAUCAGAGGCCAGAGGGACUGAUGUUUGUGGGUUAUAAUAAUAAUCCUAGAAGUGCAAAGUUUCAGCACAUUUCAUCCUGUUUGAAAAUGUACACCUCAAAGAACUCUGGGUAAUGUAGUCUUUGUCCCGUUGGAGGUUGGAAUCCACGCAGAAGCUGUGAAACUGAAUCCAAAUGAAAUGUGUGGAUUAUGAUUACUGUUCUCCCUUCUGAUGGAAAUAAAGACGUUACCCAACAA